AUGUCAAACGCUUGCUACUGCGGCGUUUCGGGCAUUCGUCCACGAAUACAUUGUUCAUAUGAGAUGCUCGAUGCUGGAUCACAACAGCGUGAAACGGGUAUACAACAUCAUCGGACGGACGCAUCUCCGGACAAAAACUCGGACCCUUUCACUCACGAUGAGGGAGGAUAUCGCCACGCACCGUAUCCAUGGGGGAUCCUGCGGCUCAGUGAGCGAGCAAUGCCACUGCGGCUCAAUAGCACUCGAUCAUCGUCCUGCCCAGUGACUGGUCUCUACAUGUCAGAUAGGUUCGAAGUUGACUACCUGGAGUUUCUACCGCUUGGCAACACCAACCCGACGAUGCAAAAUUUGAAAGCUUUCGCCUACAUUUUGAAGCCACACGAGGAAGAAGACCUUCGGUGUCCCAAGAUCAUGCAGCAACGCAAUAUCGUGCGAGCCGUAAACAAUCACGCUCACCAGCUUCAGCAUUUCGAAUUUGAGGUCACGCCGUGGAUGGCACCUCUGAAUGAGUCACUUGUGGCAGUAACACAAGAGCUGCUUUCAGGGCCGGCCCUGUCGGUCUUGCGAAGUCGCUCAGAAGGUUCCGAGCCCUCCAGAACCUUUGCAUCAAUCAGCUUAGUGUCAGACAUCGCGGCACAGGACGCUUCAUCAUGUUCAUCGUACCGGAGAUUAGUUUCGACGAGCAACGAGCGUCAAUAUGUUUGCUCCCACAUCUCAGAGACAGAAACAACCCAGUCACGCGACGCAUCAUACGAGAUACCACUUGUUCGGGAAACGCAACAAGGGUUCGCAAUAACUACAACGGUCAGCGAGCAGAACAUCUCGUAUGAUGAGGGCAUGCAGCAAAUAGCACGACCAGAGACAAUCCAGGAGGAACAAGUUAGUUGGGGCUUUGUGUUCAUGUGCGGUAUUCAAACCAGAGCGCCGGACCGUACAUGGGCCACCGUCAUUCUCCCUGAGAGAGCCCAGGCCUAUUUCACUAGCAACCUCACACUUGCCUCAAUCGGCUGCACCAACGAGAACAGCCCAAGCUCAAAGUUUCUGAAGCCACAAUCAUAUCCGAAACCCACGACAAUUCUAUCCUCCGAGUACCUAUCGAGGUAUUUGAGUCCAUUGCCGAUCUGUGUGAUCCAGCAACGGACAUCUUGGCCCACUGCGACUUACAUGUCGUGUUCUAUCGGUGUAUUAGCUAGAAUGUAG